CACACUUUGUCUACAUAUUGGAGCCGUUUCCUAAUCAGAAGCAUCACACAGGAAACAGAAAUGAUGAAAUCAAAAGAGAAGGCGCUCAUUGUCCUGCUGUGUGUGACUACUAUCUGUGUGUCAUGGAGAGGAUAUAGGCCAUGCUCCCUGCCUCAGGACAAAAGCCUCUGUGCUUGUGAGCGAUGUUUAUCUGAAGAUGAUCCGUGGUUUAUGAAGCGUUUCAACAAAUCUGUUGAACCAUUUUUGUCAGCAAACUACAAUCUCUCAGAGGACGCUUUCAACUGGUGGAAGCGCAUACAGGGUGAAAAGCGCAGCUUCAGUACCUUCAGACAAAUAGUGGACAGGCUGUUUCUGACGGUCCUACCCAGUCCAGAUCUUCUAGAAUCCAGCCCUGACCGCUGCAGGACUUGUGCUGUGGUGGGGAAUUCUGUGAAUUUGAGGAGAUCACAUUAUGGACCGCUCAUAGAUUUCCAUGAUGUCAUCAUAAGAAUGAACGCUGGUCGAAUCGAAGGCUAUGAAGCAGAUGUUGGGACCAGAACAACUCAUCGUGUCAUGUAUCCAGAGAGUUCUGUAGAUUUAGAUAACACCACUCAUCUUGUGCUGGCUCCAUUUAAGAUACUGCAUUUUGAGUGGCUCACAAAGGCCCUCACCACAGGAUUUCACGGACGAUCAUAUGCACCAGUAAAAUCAAAAGUCAAAUCUAACAAGGAUUUGGUGAUGGUCCUGAAUCCAGCUUUUAUGAGGUAUGUUCAUCACAUGUGGCUGAAAAAGAAGGGCAAGUACCCCUCCACUGGCUUUCUGGCUUUGGUUCUUGCUCUGCAUAUGUGUGAUGAGGUCAGUGUGUUUGGUUAUGGAGCAGACAGUGAUGGAAACUGGAGUCAUUACUGGGAAAAACUCAGAAAGAAGAAGUUAAAAACUGGAGCACAUCCUGGAGAUACAGAGUAUAGAAUGAUCCAGGAGCUAGAUGAGCAACAGAAACUCAGGUUUUAUACAGGGUUUUGAUGUUUCUCUCAGCAUUUAGAGGAAGGUUAGUAGUAGGUAACAGUAGAAGAACCUGAAGGGAUUUCUGAGCUGCCAAUUGUCUAUGGUUUAGACAGAUAGGGAUCUUUGUGUUUUUGUAUCUAAAUAUGCUGCGCUUACUAGGCAGAUGCUACUUCUGGAUUAUGUACUGUAGAAAGCACAAGUUAUAAUUUUGACACACUAAUUUGUGCCUAAAUUAUCCGAUGUAACCUAAAAUGUAAUGGAUAAAAAACUGUGCCAAAAUGUCUUUUGUUUAGAUUGAAUCGGAAAGUCUGGGGUAACAAUUAAGUGUGCUGUACAUUAUUUAAAGUAUAUACUGAUGUGGUAACUGAUUUAAAAACACGGUUUGUUUUUGGUGAACUUUUCUGUAUUUUAAUGUUAAACACUUGAAUAUACCUGCAAAGAUACGUCAAUGGAAUUGUUUCCAAUAAAAACUAUGAAUUUGUAUCACAAAUAUUUUCAGCUUCAGAAGAACCUCAUGGUGGCGCUAGAGAAAAAGUUAGAGGAUCACCAACGUCAUUAGGAUCCAUUUUCUAGAAACCAUAAAUAUCUAUGCCAAAGUUUGUGCCAAUCCAUCCUUUAGAUGUUCAGAUAUUUCAGUCUUGACCAUGGAUGGUGUUGGUUUUAUAUCCCAUUGAUCUGUCUACUGAGUGAUUUAUUAGGCUCCUUUUAAUUGCUUCAGAUUAAUUUUUUUCUUUGUUUCUUAUGUGAUGUGUCUUUAAAUACAACACAGUCUCGCGGCAGUUCGUGAAAUGGUCACGUAAUUUUUCAUCUAUUCGUG